GUACACACCUGAUCUGUGUAUGUGUGUGUAUCAGGGGCGGAAUGACCACUUGGAAACUGAGGGCCCGGGGUCAGUAGGGGCCCCAUGAGAUGCCCCUGGUACCUUUUUCAUAGUUGCUUUUUUGAGUUUGGGCAAGGACACGGGCCCCAUGAUCCUCUAUUGCCCGGGGGCCCCAUGAGUUGUCAGUCCUCCCCUGGUUGCCAAUCAGUGAUGCCUGUCAAUGCCCAUCAGUGCAGCCUAUCAGUGCCCAUCACUGCAGCCUCAUUAGCGCAC